UCGUCUCCCUGCUUCUGUUCGGCAGGCAAUUCACUAUUGUCUCGUACUGUGGCAUUUUUUUCCAUGGAACCUUGUCUUACUGUUAUAUGACAGAUUUGUGUUCAAAUUGAGACCUACUGGAAAACACUAAUGAGAAAUCGUAAAGAUUUGAGGACUGAAAUAAAACUGAACUCUUCCUAUAGUCGAGUUAUUGACCCGGGCAUGAUAAACAAAUGUUCUCCACUUAAGGUGGGCUGCGCACGGUCACUACACACAGUCUGAUCUAAGUUGAGUGCAAGCCAUACGCAAAACUCCAGAGGUCCGCACAUUUGUAGCCUAUUUUGGUUAGCAUACUGCAUUUUACACCAUUUUACCCGUGACAAUUGGGGUGUGAACUGUUUCGUGCUCUGAUUCAACACCUUGAAGUCAGGGUAAUCCCUAGCAUUUUCAGUUCAUAUGUGGAAACAUUUGGGGAACCACCGAACGGACCGGCUUCCUAUUCAACGUUGUCUGGGUGAAUAAUGACGGAAUAUAAACUGGUGGUAGUGGGGGCUGGUGGCGUGGGGAAAAGUGCCUUGACAAUCCAGCUCAUCCAGAACCAUUUUGUUGAUGAGUACGACCCUACAAUUGAGGACUCAUACAGGAAGCAGGUGGUGAUUGAUGGAGAGACCUGUCUGUUGGACAUCCUGGACACAGCAGGACAGGAGGAGUACAGCGCCAUGAGGGACCAGUACAUGAGGACAGGAGAGGGCUUUCUCUGUGUCUUCGCUAUCAACAAUAGCAAGUCAUUUGAGGAUAUCCACCACUACAGGGAACAGAUCAAGAGGGUAAAGGACUCAGAGGAUGUUCCCAUGGUCCUGGUGGGUAAUAAGUGUGAUCUUCCAUCUCGGACUGUCGACUCCAAGCAGGCUCUGGACCUAGCCUGGAGCUAUCGGAUCCCCUUCAUAGAAACCUCUGCCAAAACCAGACAGGGUGUUGAUGACGCCUUCUACACACUAGUGCGAGAAAUUCGCAAACACAAAGAGAAAAUGAGUAAAGAAGGCAAGAAGAAGAAGAAAUCAAAGACUAAGUGUAGCAUCAUGUGAAGGACGAGUGUUGAAGUGAACCACACUCCCAUGCACAAACACACACUAUUGCAUUAAGGACGCUGUUGGAGAAAACCAAAUUAAAAACAAACUCUUUUUUUGUCUUCUUGAAAUGCCAAAGUGUGCUUUUUAACAAGUGUGGCAUUAUUGAACUUCACAAAAACUCAUCCACUGUAAACUCAUCCAAGUACCCCAGCAAACUGCUGCAUCGGUUUCCCUCUUGGUGUUUUACCUGUGUCUGUCGGAUGGUUGUGUUCAGUUGGUGACCCCAAAGUCUUACCGAAAUGGACAUGGUAUCUCCUCUUCCUGCUUUAUGUGUGAUCACUGUCUCCUCUCCUGAAUAUUCUCCUCACAAGGGAGGUUCAAGAGUCUAGCACAUACUGUCCACUGUCUUCUCAAACACUAAUUCCCCUCACUGGAGUCUGGGAAUGGCUAUUUAACUCUGACGCUGACUGUUGUGGGAGGGCGUUCCCCAUAGAGAACUGUCAUGCAUUUUACAGCAAUCUACUGGAAUCGGAAUAUGACGAAAUACUGUACCGUUCUGUCAGGUCAGCUCUCAGUGCUUCAUGAAUAAAGCCACUGGACGAGAACUUAAAUGGACAGCACCAGUAUGUUAUUUUGCGUUGUUCAGUCAUUGAGGACAUUGGUUGGUUGAUCCCAGAAUAACACGCUAAGAUCCCCUUAUUUUGUGUUGAGGACUUAAACACCUGACAGAUUUGUGUUGAGGACUUAAACACCUGACAGAUUUGUGUUGAGGACUUACACACCUGACAGAUUUGUGUUGAGGACUUAAACACCUGACAGAUUUGUGUUGAGGACUUAAACACCUGACAGAUUUGUGUUGAGGACUUACACACCUGACAGAUUUGUGUUGAGGACUUAAACACCUGACAGAUUUUCACAAUGACAACUUUUUUUGUUAUUUCGUUUUUGUGUGUGAAAAUGACACGUGAGGUUCUUCCAAUGAACACUUGGUCGCUCACAAUGUAGUGAGCAAAUGCAGAGACAUUUAUCGUUCGUUUUAAAUUUUUUGCUAUUCGAUUUCUGCAACAGUGCACAAGCCUUUAUGUUGAUGAUGUCAUGGAGCAUUCUUUUGUCUGUGCCAUGCCUAAACUAACAAUGCUGUAAAAUAUCUUUACUAAAAAUGCAGGGUGUCGUUGUACAGUAUCGCAUUUGUCUACUAUGUUAAACAGUUAUAACCUGUUUGUAAAGGUUUCACUGAGGUUUUGAUUUGUUUAUGAGUGGUCCUUCUAAUCCUAUUUUAUCAUUAAAGUUAGAGUGUAAUCGGGAAUUGACCCCAACAGCAUUAAUGUAUAAAAGUACCAAUGUACUUUCACACUCUCAAAUGCAUUGAUGGUUGUACAUAAAUGUAGUUAUCGUUUUUCUUUGUUUGUUUGUUUUGUCACAGUUUUGUGUCCUGAAUGGUCUAUAGUUAAAAAAAGCACCUGCACCUAAUGGUCAUGAAUACAUUACGUUCAGUUAUUUCAGUUAUAAGUGGGAAAGUGAGAAGACUGGCUAGCUGAUUAUGUGUUUUUCAUUUUUAAAUGUCUCUUAGGCUAACAUCAUGCGUUGUGUGAUGUGUAACAUUUACAUUGCUAUAUUGUUUGUUCCACACCUAUCUAAUGUUGGUGCCAUUAAUAAAAAUUUUAGAACAGUU